GGAAGCAGAAGAUAAACUUUCUUCCGCUUCAUUAACAUUUUAAUGAGUGUCUCGGAAAUGCUCGUGCUGUUAAUUAUGCAACAGAAGUGGAGGAGUGUUAUUUUAGUGGACGCCGACCCGGAAGAGAGUGCAUCCUUAUUGAAUUCCUUGAAUGAAGGCGGAGUGCUCAUUGCCAGCGUUUCCGUGAAUGCGAUAGGCAGAUAUCGUUGGCCCGAGAAAUACAGUCUACAGCCAUCGUUCGACGGAUAUAUAAUGACUAUUCGUAUACGGAACACAGAUGAAAUCUUUGGAGAGCUUAUUCAUGCGCUAAAAAAAAAUUUCCUUUUCGGGCCCCAUCAGCGCUGGAUCAUUGGUGUAAAGGGCUGUUUGAAGCUGGACAAAGCUCUUCACUUUUUUGACGAAGGAGACAAAAUAGUAAUCAUUGCUUCUGAAACAGUGGAGACCUCUGCGUGUCAGUCUGAUUUCCAUUCAAAAGUAAAUUUACAAAUAUAACGUUUCUUAAAAAUGGAAAUCAGUCCAUAAAUAUUUUCAGUUAGUUAGGAUAUUGUUUCUUCAGAAUUAAAAUUAUUUCUGCAACUGAAAAAUAAAAUAA